AUGAUGAAACUACUGGAUCAGAUCCUACAUUGCUUGGACAAGCUCCGAGAGCAAGAUGCAAAUCUGGAAGCACUCCGACGGGCUUUGAAUGAGCUGAUUGAGGACCCCAGAUGGGAUGACCUCGAGGACUCCUUGGAUUUGGCGGUUUUGAGCCACAAGAUGGCCCUGGUCUACGUCAUCGCUCGCUGGCAGAGUGCCAGUGAAAAGCAGGCGGCGAUUUACUUCAACGAAAGGGCAGUUCAAAUUCUGGCCGAACAGCGACUCCUUGGGGCUGCAGAGGCUCGGACGUGGCUGGUCCAAGCAGAAGCCAUACAAUCAGCAGUACUGAGCCCUCCAGCUGGCAGCUAA